AUAACUUUAAGGAUUAAAUAUGUUCCGGAAUGCUACAGAAGACAUUGAAAAUUGAUGCUACAAUGUCUUUUAAAUGUAUGCUGAUUUAAACUAUGUAUAGUAAUUCGUUUACUUUAAAUUACCGACUCUUAUUAUGUAUUUCCAUCUAUAUGAUUUUUUAAUAACUUUAUAUUAUCAACUCUUGAACUGAUCGGUUAAAUGUGGCAACAAAUUCUAAAAUAUGGCGAGUACAGAUUCUAAAGACACAGAUUCUCCUGUUGGCAAUAAUGCGGAAGACGACGUGCAUUCCACUGUCAAGGAUGAAUAUGCUAUAUUGGACCUGCAUAUUAAUCAAUUUUUGUCGCAUAUUGCCCAGGAAUAUUCAUUUCUUCCCUGUGCCAUAUAUAUGCCACGCAUUGACAUAUAUAUUGAUAAUAAACUUGUAUAUAAGACCCGUGUGCUCAACCACGAGGAUGAUAUGUUUGAUAAUGCAAUAAGGUUACGCAUACGAUCACCAAAUUCAAUCAUUACACUAAAGCUGUAUGAAUGUCUUCAGCUGCGUUUAUCGGAUAAGCCAAUUGAAAGGAUAAUUCGUCCAGUAUUAACGGAUGAGGCGACUGAUGAAGUUUUGAUAUCUUGGUGUAAUAUUGAGCUGAGUUUACUUGUACCAGGGAAGAGAUAUAAUAUGAUAUGCGCCUUUCGUGUGAAUCCUAUGUUCCUCACAUACAACCCGGGUGGUAUUUUAUACUACCCUAUCGUAAACGGCAAACCAUUUUUAGACAAUAAUAGAGUUUGCUGUGCUUGCCGUGUAUGUGCCUAUCUUUCAUCGUACACCACCAGUGUUCACAAAAAGGCAUUGUACAGAUAUUUUGACUUUCGUCUUGACACUUCGGAGGUUACCACACCACAGAAGGCUCCCCGGAGAUUAGAUAGCAAAGGCUUGAUAAUUGAUAAGGACACUGCGAAUGCCGAAAACAAUGAUGUUGGUACAUCAGGUUCCACUGCUGAAGAUAACGCUUCGGAGGAGUUGAACAGCGUGCAUGCCCCUGCUAAGACAGAUUAUUCCAAAGAAACCACCGAUGAGAUACCACUUUCAAAUAAGGUAGCAACCUAUGAUCUCAAUGUAAAGAAGUCAUUUUUCAUCAAGGACGGUUGUACAUGCUGCAAAUUAUCAGAGGUUCCUGCUGUAUUGAGUGAUAUUGAUUACAGCUUUUGUGCUAAUUGUCACGACUAUCAAGUAUGUUGUGAGCACACAGUGGAGAACUAUUAUUUCACAUCCAUUUCGCUCAAACUUUUAUCGCGGAUGCCAAUAGAUAUGAAAAAAGAAAUCAAUGCUUUCAUGGCUUCACCAGGCACAAUCGAAGACGAUUACGACUCGGAAGAUACAUCUCUGUGCAGUAUUGUAACACGUGCCUAUGAGUUGUCUGUAGCUGCCAACACUCUGAAGAAACACAUCGGUCUGGGCGAUGUCGUAUUAUCUCCCACACCUUACCUAUAUCUGAUUCUAUCAAUACUGAUUGCUGGUUUCAUCUUUGAUAGCAAAUCGAUUGCCGUUUCUUGCUUUGUUGUAGGAGUUUUCAUAUUAUAUUUACGUGCUUCUUCACUGCGGCAAUACAAGAACGACUUUGGUGAUGUUUUUGAAAAGUCACGCCGAUUGACGAUUUGCGGUUUGGGUCUAGAAAAUUUUUUGAAUGAAGUUGUUGAGGAUGAUGAAGAUGUUAAAGGUGUUCUUAAAGCUAAGGAGCGGUUCCAGCGUAAUAUGAAAUGUAUACCUACUCAUGUGUUCACUGACGAGGUGAAAAUAUAUACAAAGCUGAAUACAUCAUUACGUCGUAAGGAGAACAUCUCUAUCAAGACUCUUACAAAUUGUUUAUCUACCAGUGUACCUCCGAAAUUAAGGAAACGCAUGGUUCAAGUUUUAAGUUUCGUCAACGCCGUUAUAUGGUACGCUAAUGCUGCAUUGGCGCUGAUUCGUCGUUAUGGAGUUAUAAUAGCUGCGUUCUGUGGAGUAUUGGGUCUGACGAGUAUAGUUUAUUCAUACCUUAUUAAGACCAUAUUAAAGCUUGGACUUUUUCUUUUCCUUUUAGCGAUACUAUCGGAGCAUUUGCCUUUCAUUCACAUCAUAUUCGUAAAACUCGGUUAUCUGAUAAAGUACCUGAUCAUUCGCACAUACCGCAGUGAAUGGUUCCUUAACGUUGAGACUUUUCCUUAAUAAACCGUUCUACCAUAAUCAUAUUCAUUUGAUCUGGCUUGGCAUCGUGUUCAAUAAGUGAUCUUUUUCG